AUGCUUACAGCUCGUCAAAAUUUCAAACCGUGUGAGGGUUACGGAACAGACGAUCGUGAGCACAAAAGGUUGCACUUUAUAGGCAGCAAAGGGUGGGUCGCUACUUUCGUCGUUGCCGAUCUCAUUCUUGCCGAAUACAAUCUUCGGGGAAGCGUUCAGCGCGCAGCUUCCCUUGUACAAAGCUGCCGUGCACUACGAGAGAGGAAACGUAAUAAGAAGGAAGACGCACGGCUUCUUGAAUACGAUAAAACGCUCAUGAAGCUUCGCCGAAUAAUCAACAUCUACGAGCUGGCCCUUUACGAGCAGCAAGCGACACUCCCAGAAGAUCUACGGCCAACCUAUGAGUUUCUGACUAGAAAUCCAGUAUGGUACCUCCGCAAAGAACUCAUCGAUGACUGCAUAGCAAAGGGUGGUUGUUGCAGUCGUGAAUGCCGAUGCUGCGAAAAUCGCCACCUUCACAGGAAAUCGAGAAAGGGAACAGGCCACUGCACAGCUGAGUGUAGGUGUUGUGAAGACCAUCGAGGAUUCGAGUAUACUGAGAAGGAAAAGAGCAAUAUUACGGAUCAGCUUAGGAGAAUGCUUAAUCAUCGAGGACCUGGGUUUGUUUUGAGGAUGGCAGAGGCAUACUUCUCAGCGCCUGAUAUCCCGGAACCAACAUCGUCAAAGCCUACUUCAGAGUCUACUUCGGAGCCUACUGCAAAAGAAAAGCUAUCUGAGAUUCCUAACAAGGAAGAGAAGGAAAAGGAAGAGAGGGAAAAGGAUGAGAAGGAAAAGGAUGAGAACGACAAGGAUGAGAAAUCGUCGACGGCCUCGGAUUUUGAAGACGUGGAGCCUUUGAUCGGGGAAUCGGAAGGUAUAAAAGAUUUCAAAUGGAAAGGGCUGUUCAAAAAGUAUUAG